AUGCAAGAAUCUAGCUUUGCAAAUAGUUCAUUCUAUGGAUGGGUACGUAGGAAAGGGCGAAGUGGACUUUGGUAUAAACGAUUUGCAACUCUUGAUGGAGACAUUUUAAAUUUAUUUAAAGAUGAAAACAGAUCCACACUUGAUAAAUCAUUUAAAAUGGACUCAAAUGCAGAAAUUACAGUAAUAUCUCCAAUUCGAUUUGCCAUAAAGAAUUUAGAAGAUCCAACCGAUAUUUUAACAAUAAAUUGUACGAAUUCAGAUGAAGCUACUCGGUGGAUAACUGCCUUGAAAGGCGCAGCUAUGCCAACUCCAUCAUUAUCAAUGGAAGAUUUUAAGAUUUUAUCAGUAAUCGGAAGGGGCUAUUAUGGAAAAGUAAUGCUCGUAAAUAAAAUAGGAACAAAUGAACUAUAUGCGAUUAAAUCAGUUCAUAAAAGGCUAUUAGUUGAAUCAGGAAAUACUAACCAAAUUUUAGCCGAACGAAAUUUUUUAAUGCGAGCAAAGCAUCCAUUUUUAGUUUCACUAUACUUUACUUUUCAAACAGAAUCAAAGUUUUACCUUGGCUUAGAGUAUGUUCCUGGUGGAAAUUUAAGGUUUCACACUCAUAACAUUAGCACAUAUCCAAUACCAGAUGCCAAAUUAUACACUGCCGAAAUCGGAUCUGCAAUUUCAUAUCUUCACUCCAUUGGAAUUAUAUAUAGAGACCUAAAAACAGAAAAUGUUCUUUUAGAUAGCGAAGGACAUGUAAAAUUAGUAGAUUUUGGUCUCGCAGCAGAUGCAACUCAAGUGAAAACGGCCAAUUCUUUCUGUGGGACUCCAGAAUAUCUAGCACCAGAAAUAAUUCAGCACAAAGAUUACUCAUUCAACGUUGAUGAAUGGUCUUUAGGAAUUCUUAUGUGUGAAUUGUUCUUUGGUGAGCAUCCAUUCUAUGAUUCCAAUCAACACGUAAUGUAUCAAAAAAUAAUCGAAUCAAAACCAGCAAUUCCAGAUUACUGCGACGAGGAACUUAGAGAUGUAAUCAAUCAGCUACUCACGAAAGAUCCGCAGCAGCGUCCAUCCUUUGCACAAUUAAAAUGCCAUCGGUUCUUUUUAGAUAUUGAUUGGGAAAAGCUUCUUAAACGCGAAAUUAAGCCAGUCUAUGUCCCUACAACGCAAGAUCCACUAGAUUUGUCUCAUUUUGAUUCAUGCUUUACCAACGAAAGCGCUGCAGACUCCUUUGUUCAGCCUGCAUUUGGAGAUAUUUCAAAUGUCCAAGGAUUUUCCUAUUACAAAAAUGAAUUAUAG